AUUACUCAUUCAACAGUUUGUGCUGAGUGCUGACAGUGAUUGCAAUUUUAUAACAGAUUUUUUAAUGUUUAUGUCGUUUUUUCUUAGAUUUUAUUUAUUUAAUAUAGUGUUAGUGUUAGUUUUCAAUAAUCCCAAGCAAAUCAACUUCAUUGGACUAAAUGAAUUUGGUAAAGGGAUGAGCCAAAGAAUGAAAAAGUAUAUAGUGAUACUUUCGAAGAACUAUACUUUUCCAUUACUGGAAAACAGGAGAUUCUACAGUGGAAGUGUCGCUGAAAUUUUGAACGAAAUUUCUAUUUCAAGUGUUUUGUGAAGUUAAUUUAAGUGUAAGUUAAUUUAUAGUGUGUGAGUGAACAUAAAUGUAUGUGCCAGACUGACCAUUGUAUAGGAUUACCAUUAUAUUGACAAAUCAUCUCUGAGGUAACAUCAUCGCUAGAUCUUCAUUAUUAUCACCUGUAAUACGGAAAAGCGAUCGAAAUGUCUUGGAUGUUGAUGAUACUAGUCGGAGUCCUACUGACUCUUCAGCAGGCCGCCUCAUCUGGACUGUUCGAAUUGCGGCUACUUUCCUUCGACAACCAAGCGGGAAAAGACGAUCUUGGAAAAUGCUGCACUGGAAAAUCUGGAUCCGAUUGCCUUGGAGCCUGCAGGCCGAGGUUUAGGGUAUGCCUGAAAGAGUACCAAGUCAAAAUCGACACGACCACCCCUUGCACCUUUGGAGAUGUCAUAACUGCAGAGCUAGGACCUAAUCCUGGAUCUGACGCACCCCAAAAUAAUAUUGCAUUCCCCAUUCCAUUCACUUGGCCGGGCACAUUUUCACUUAUAAUUGAAGCUUGGCAUGGAAAUAAAACGACUCAAUCAGUUUUGAUAACGAGGUUGAGCAAGCAGAGAUACUUGGAAAUUGGCGAUCAUUGGACUGAAGACCAGCACGUAUCGAAGUUUUCAACGAUACGUUUUGAGUAUAGAGUUACCUGCGACCCACACUAUUAUGGAAAGGGUUGUGAAAAUCUUUGUAGGCCACGUGAUGAUAAUUUUGGACAUUAUAGCUGCUCACCAUUAGGUGAAAGAAUUUGCCAUGCUGGCUGGACUGGCGAUUACUGCAGCAAACCUCAAUGCCUACCUGGUUGUGAUGAAGAACAUGGACAUUGCACAGUGCCAAACGAGUGCAAAUGUCAAGCCGGUUGGGAAGGUCCUUUGUGUAACAAAUGCCAGAAAUAUCCAGGUUGUAUGCAUGGCUCUUGCAUGAAGCCUUGGGACUGCCUCUGCGACGAAGGUUGGGGUGGUUUGUUCUGCAACCAAGACCUCAACUUCUGUACCAACCACAAACCAUGUCGAAACGGCGGUACUUGCUUCAACACCGGCCAAGGAAGUUACACCUGCAAUUGUCCAGCCGAGUACACCGGAACCAACUGUGAAGUACCACUGCACGACUGCCAAAGAACACCAUGCGCAAACGGUGGUACCUGCGCCCAAACAUCCAACUCCUCGAUGUGCAUCUGCCCGAAUGGUUUCCAAGGACCUAACUGCGAAACACCUGUAUCAACAUGCAAGGAAAACUCAUGCUUGAACGGUGGUUCCUGCACCAACCUGGACUCCGGUUUUCAAUGCAACUGCCCUCCCGGUUUCACCGGAAAGAAUUGCCAAGAUAGCACCAACAACUGCGCGACGUCUCCUUGUAAAAACGGUGGCUCCUGUUACGACGAAGCUGCUGGUUUCAAAUGCGUGUGCGCCUUGGGAUUCAACGGACCUACUUGCGAACACAACAUCGAUGAUUGCAAGGGUAACCCUUGCCAAAACGGCGGUACUUGCCUGGACAAAGUCAACGAAUUCCGUUGUCAGUGCGUUUCUGGUUUUGUUGGUCCGUUGUGCCAAACGCGGGUGGAUUUUUGCAUAACGAAACCUUGCGCGAAUGGUGGCACGUGCCUCAAACUGUUGAACGAUUAUAAAUGCAAGUGCGCGCCUGGUUUCACUGGUAAAGACUGCAGCGAGGAGAUCGACGAGUGCCAGUUCCAACCGUGUCUUCAUGGCGGUACCUGUGAAAACAGGCUGGGCGGUUUCAAAUGCCACUGUCCACCUGACUUUGCUGGACGGAAAUGCGAGGAACCUGCUUCCAGUGCUGCUCCCGAAAGUGCUAGAGUCUCGUCUGAAUCGAAUUUGACAACGGAACAUGUGGUGGUCAUCGCGACUAUAUCGACGUUCGUGCCUCUGGUAGUGCUGAUCGCUGUCGGCGUGAUCAUAUGUCUGAAACAGCGCAGGAAACGUGAGAAAGCACGCGCUGACGAAGAAGCACGUCUGCAGAACGAACAGAACAUUGCCAAUUGUAGUUUUGCUAAACGCGGUGCCGCCAUUGCUUCAGACGCCCAUAUGAUCAAGAACUCUUGGGGCAAAUGCACCAAUAAUGUACUUACUUCGAAUCUUUCCUCCCCGGACACUUGCAGUGUUUCAAACGUGAGCGUAGGCGACUGUGAUGCGUUCUCCAAGCCCUCCCAAGUUAUAGACGGUCGUGCUGUGUAUGGACUUCAAAGGUCACGAUCGCAAAAACAGCUAAAUACAGAGCCAGGGCCUAGAGCCUCGGCUAUGCUCGUUGCUAAACUGCAGGAGCCUCAGUACGAGCACAUCAAACGUUUGUCUGUGAUGUCCAACACUUCGGCUGUGUGUGGCUCUAGUGAUCCGUCUCUGGGUAAAAGGUCUGAGAAAGAUCCCAGCGGCGUGUAUGUGAUAGAAGAGCAUUUCCACAGGCCCGAUGCAAUUGCUGCUGGUCUUUUUGCAACGGAAGUAUAAACUAGUUGUGUGACUGACUGAUACUGUGUGUGAGUGUUUUGGCUCAUCUUGUAUGGCUGGCACGUUGUAUAGUUAUAUUUAUUAUUGCCGAAAAAGCUACCAAGUUGAGCCAAAGAAUCGAGAGUCUGAAUGUUGGGCCUAAAUUUUUGCCCUCUCGUCCAAGAGCUUCGACAGAUUCCCUAAACCGAUUUCUGUUAUGCCGAUUAUAUAGACCUGAUCUGAUGAUCAAUUGAUAAGCCUGUUUCGAUGCCAAUUAUGUAGGAAAGCAUUUCGACUACUUCAUAGUGAAUUUGUAUAUAUAUAAACUGUUUCCUUGAUAAAAUUUCAAAUGAAUCUCAUAUUGCUAAUUCCUAGAUCGUUUUUCCAAGUAUCUUACAUUUGUUCCUAAUUAUCUCUUUUGGUGCGUUUUUGGCUCUUUCUGUGUCGAUAUUCGAUCCAUUAUACCAAAGAAAAUCCUUUCAUUACUCAUAUUAAGUGUUACGAACAGAUGUAUGAAUCUUUGAAUCGAAUCUGAAAUGGUAUUGCAACUUAUGAUGCAGUUGGUGCUUUCAUAUCUGGUUUUUUGUGUAUAUAGCCUAUCAUAGUGUUUCGUUUACAAUUGGUCAAAGACUAUGGUUUCAAACCAAAGAUUUUGGCAUCGUAGAAAACUAGUCUGGUGAAUUUGCCGAAGGACUGUCUCGUCAAGUAGCAUGUAUCCUAAAUUCUUACUGUAAAAUGUGAUUAAUCUAAAGUAAACUAAGUCAGUAUUGCCUACGUAUUAUGGACUUUCUUCUAAUAAAUCAUUUUCCUACCAAUACUCCGGUUCCUUUUUGAAUCACUUAUGAGUUUUGGUUGGAAAGGAAUUAUUUUGUACCUUUUAUACACUGAUAAUUAGUAUUAGAUGCUGCCUAUUUAUUAUUUCGAACUAAAGAUGUUCCUUUAGGUAGUUUAGACAAACUAAGUCAUAUACCUGUCAAAGUGUUGAAGAGAUAAUUGUUCUUCUAUUGGACUGGACAUUUUUAAGAAUCGCUCUAACCUUUUCUAAGUGUAAUUGUAAUCUUUUUGAAUUCCGAUUUGUUUUGUUAUAACUUAUAUUUUAUUUAUUAUAUACAAUUUGUUAUAUUAUAAUCAUUUCAUUUUGAAUGUCUUGUCCCUCUUAUAUUUCGAUUUUAUUUUCUCAAUUUUCUACAACACUUUGAUUUAUUGGUAUUGGUUAAUCACUUGGACAAGUUGGAAGACUUAUUGUCAAAAAGACAUUUUGUAAUAUAUCGUGUAUAUUUAUAGAAUGUAAACUAAAUGUCAUUACAAAAUAUUGUUCAUGUUUCAUAAUGAAAUCUCCUUUAGAGAAGCGGCUGUUCCUCAGUAAAUGAUGUUAUUAUCGUAAUAAAUUUUUUGUUCUAUA